CUUACUCGACGCCCUAGAAAGCUCUAAUCGCUCUCGUCUUCUUCUAGAACCUUCUCUUCCGUCGCAUCCGUCGCCGUCAGCUCGUUACCGAUCGUGUCAAUGGAGUUCUGGGGUGUUGAGGUUAAGAGUGGUUCACCACUUAGGGUGGAUCCUGGGGAGGAGAUGCUUGUGCACAUCUCACUGGCUGCUCUAGGCGAGAAGAAGAACGGUGGAAACGAGCCGGUCAGGCUAUACAUGAAAGUGGGAGACCAGAAGCUUGUGAUUGGGACGCUGUCACACGAUAAGGUCCCUCAGCUCUGCACGGAGAUUGUGGUGGAGAGGAGUUUUGAGCUGUCUCAUAGUUGGAAGGAUGGGAGCGUUUACUUCUCUGGUUACAGAGUUGAUGCUCAUGAUUCUGAUUCAUAUCCUUAUCGCUUAGCCUUUGAUAAUUUAUUUAUGAAUAUGCUUUUGGGACUUCCAGCUGUUGCGAAAUCAGGUGUGAAGCAGGUGAACUUUCAGUUGCCUAAUGACGAUGCCAAGGCCGAGGAAGAUAGUGAGGAGGAUGAUAGUGAUGAUGAUGAGGAUGAUGACGACUCUGAGGAUGAGGAGGAAGAAAAGAAGGUUACUGCUGAAGUUGAAGAGGACGAUGAUGAUGAAGACUCAUCUGACGAUGAGGAAGAUGAUUCAGCAGACGAGGAGACCCCAGAGAAGAAGGUUGAAGAAGCCAAGAAGAGGCCUGCGGAAGCCACCACCUCGAAGACUGCUUCAAACAAGAAGGCUAAGUUCGUAACUCCUCAGAAAUCAGAAUCGAAGAAGCCACACGUCCACGUUGCGACUCCGCAUCCGUCAAAAGGAGGAAAGAGCUCUGGAAGCAAUGGAGAGUCGUCGAAGCAGCAGCAGCAGACACCAAAGUCUGCAAAUGCAUUUGGGUGCAGCUCCUGCAACAGAACAUUUACUUCGGAGAUGGGCUUGCAGUCUCACACCAAGGCCAAACACAGUGCAGCUGCUUGAAAUCUGAUGAAGAAGAAAAGAGACUAUCCAUAAUCGUUUUUAGACUUUUGAUGUAAUUCGGUUUUCAAAACUUGAGUUUGCGAGUGAACCAGUUUAGUUAUCUUUUUCCUAAUCGUCGGGUAGACGAAACUUUGCUAGACCCUUUACGUUUAGUGCUAAUAUGGUGGA